AGCAAAAUGGAUGACUUCCGCUCCAUCUUCCUGCUGUCUUUGGCCAUGCUGGUCGCCUGCUAUGUGGCAGGAAUUAUCCCCUUGGCAGUUAAUUUUUCCGAGGAGAAAUUAAAGUUGGUGACUGUUCUGGGUGCUGGGCUGCUGUGUGGAACUGCUUUAGCUGUCAUUGUGCCAGAAGGAGUACAUGCACUUUAUGAAGACGUUCUGGAGGGGAAGCAUCACCCAGCAAACGAGAUGCAGCAUGUGAUAGAGUCUGAGAAGGUAGCGGAAAUGCCGGUUGUAUCCCAGUAUGGCCAUGACCAUUCCAGGCUGCAUGCCUUCAUUGGUGUAUCCCUUGUCAUUGGCUUUGUCUUCAUGCUGUUGGUGGAUCAGAUAGGCAGCUCUCAUGUGCAUUCUACAGAUGAUCCAGAAGCUGCAAGAUCAGGCAACUCCAAAAUCACCACAACACUGGGACUAGUAGUCCACGCUGCAGCUGAUGGUGUUGCAUUGGGUGCAGCAGCUUCUACUUCUCAGACUAGUGUCCAGUUGAUAGUGUUUGUUGCAAUUAUGUUGCACAAGGCACCAGCUGCCUUUGGCCUGGUUUCUUUCCUGAUGCACGCUGGGCUGGAACGGAAUCGAAUUAGAAAACACUUGCUGGUGUUUGCAUUAGCAGCACCUGUUAUGUCGAUGGUGACAUACUUAGGGCUAAGCAAGAGCAGCAAAGAAGCCCUUUCAGAAGUCAAUGCCACUGGAGUUGCUAUGCUCUUUUCUGCUGGGACUUUUCUUUAUGUUGCCACAGUUCAUGUCCUCCCAGAAGUGGGAGGAAUUGCUCAUAGCCACAGACCUGAAUCAACUGGAGGGAAAGGACUCAGUCGUCUGGAGGUGGCAGCCCUAGUAGUAGGAUGCCUUAUUCCUCUAGUUUUGUCCAUUGGACACCAUCACUGA